UUUCUUUGCCCCUCUUACAUUGUAUAAGAACGCCACUAAAAUCCAUUGCAAUCAUAGAAACUAAAAAACUCAUGUAGCUAAGAAUUUGUGAGGAAAUUUACCAACAUAUUUGUCAAAAAACCUAAGAACCGUGCCUCUUCAACUAUAAUCUUGUCACUCAUUGGCGACGAUAUAUAUACACACACUUAAUAUCAAUUCACUGAAAAUGUAAGCAUUUUUUGGCCAGAAAGAUGUUUGUGCACUUGAACACCUCUACAUUUUUUAGCAUUACUAGACGAAUUGCAAGCAUGCAACUGAAACAUGCCAGCUAUGUUAUGAAGAGCCAAGAGUGUAAGGUUGGCCCCUGAUAACGGCUGGUAGCAGAACCAGAUAGCACAGCGCUGGAACAUGCGGAUGAAGUCAAUGACUCCUUGCACCAGCAAGACAAAACCACACGUCGACACCCUCGUGCGGAUGAGUUUGCCACUAACAACUAAGACACGGCUGCAGCAUGCCAGCGGCAAAGCAUGAAGAGGGCUAGUCAUGACACACAUGAUCAAGCUGUCUAGAUCAUUCAGCACAAAAAACUGGUCCUCGCAUGUGAGUUUGCCCCUGAUAAUUAACACACUUUCGACAGGCCCAUAGACUCGUUCAUAAAUGUACGAAACGAUAAGAAGACAGCAGAGCGGCAUGAACUUGCCUUGAAGAUGGGGGACAAACUCUCAGGACUUGAACUGACAAGGUUUCACUAAAUGAUAGCUUGAGCAUGCAACUAUAUGAAGAUUCCCUAUCAAACUAUACCAUUUAUAAUUAGUCCUUGCUGCCAAUUAGUGGAACAUGAUAGAGUGAACAUGAGACGGCUUUUGUGUUGGGAUCUCUAUGCUUCUGGCAGAUCUCUAGGCUUAUGUAAUGGCAUGAUUCUUCAUGUCUACUAAUCAGAUGCUGCAGCACAGCUAUACACAUAUCUUCCGUAUAAAUAUGCGUCAGCAGAAUGGUAGAUGCAUCAAACUAGAAGCUCUUCUCUCUUCCUCCUCUCUUCGACCACAAUAAAGAGCAAAUCUUCAAGCUCAGACAUGGCUUUCCACCGAAGAUCGACAAGUUUGCCUUCUAGGCCUCAAGUCAGUGAGACCGAAGUUGAGCUAGAGCUUCAGAGCCUAGAAGCUAGCAUCUCUUCAUCCAAUUCCAUCAGCACGAUGUGCGAUUGUCUCAGGACUCUUGCAAACAUCUACGAUGGUCUUGAAGAAAUCAUCUGCCUACCAACCAACCAAGUUUGCUCCUCCCAGCAGAGGAGGAACAUAUUGGAUGGAGAAAUGGAAGGUUCCCUCGAGCUCCUAGAUCUCUGUGGUGCCAUGCAAGAGAUCUUCGUGGAGAUGAAGGCCAUCAUCCAAGAGCUGCAAGUGGCUCCAAGGAAAGGGGAUGUUGCAGCUGCUCAAGCCAAGAUCCAGUCUUACACCCACUUGGCGAAGAAGGCCAGGAACCAUUUCAAGAAGGCCACGAAGAAGGCUCCUGCAGAUUGCAGGAUGGUCAUGCUAUUGGCCAAGGCCAGGGAGGUCUCUGCGUCUCUCCUGGAGUCCACACUCCAUCUUGUGUCGAAGCAAAUCGAAAUGCCUAAACAGUCUCUUGUUUCCAAGGCAUUCCACAAGAAGAAGGCGGUUGUUUGUAAGGAGGAACAAUUGUCGGAGUUAGAGUGCAGUAUCGGAGAUCUUGAGAGUGGAGCAGGAUAUUUGUUCAGGAAAUUAGUCCAGAGCAGAGUUUCUCUACUCAACAUCCUUAGCUCAUAGAUACUCCCAAGUCAUUCUUGGCGCCCUCCGAUCGGCAUCCGCCUUUUAAGGAAUAGCUGAUCUUCAUACAACUAUACUGUAUAAAUGUACAUGGUACUACAGAAAUAGAAAGUGAAACCAAAGUUUUGAUCCA